AUGAAAAAUGCUAACAAACAGGAUCAGUGGCAAACAUUGGGAAUACCAUCACAAGUGGUUACAAACAAAGCCAAGAAACCUAAAUGUCGUCCCAUUAACAUAACAAGAGCAAGUUUGCGAGGUAAAAGCGAUUUAAACGAUAAAUGUGCCAUUUGCCUCACGCUUUUUAAAAACUACAGAGCAAGAGGUGACUGGAUUGAAUGUGUGCAGUGCAAAAAGUGGAUUUGUGGUAUUUGCAAUUCAGAAAGCACCGAUCCAUUUUAUGUGUGUCCUGCUUGCGAAGACUCAGACGACGAUCAGGAUGAACCAUUUUCCGAUAACAGCGAGGAUUUUAAAACCUUUAAUCCUUAA